GAAGAAUUUGAACUGGUCUAAUUUUAGCGUAGAAUGCUGCAUUCUCUUUUUAUGGAUCUGCCCCGGGCAAUUUAGAUAAGUUAAGGUAUCUCGUGUCGAUUGGGUAUUAUAAAUUAUCGUAAUAAAAUCAUGUUCUGAACCUACUCUCUCUUUAUCUCCCAGGAAUUUUAUACAUUAUCGCAAACUCUUUCACGAUCUCUACUUUGGUACAUAUGCCAUAGAAGAAGAAGGAAUUAUCAAGAUGCCUAUAAGAAGGUUAAGACGGCCUGAUACGAUCAUAUCAUCUAUUCAGAAACGGGAUCCCUUUCAGGCACCAUUAUACAAUGAUCAAGGUAGCCAGUACCUUGUCGAUAUUAGCGUAGGCACACCACCUCAAAAUUUCUCGGUUACCCUUGAUACUGGAAGUGCUGAUUUAUGGAUUCCUGGAAAAUUUUGCCCAAAAACUGAAUGCCCAAAUAAUUUAUUUGACGAAGCAAAGUCUUCCACGUUCAAGGAUCUUGGACAAUCGUUUGGACUGACGUAUGGCAUUGGUAGUGUAAACGGCACCUAUGUGACAGAUACAGUUUCCAUUUCAGGAGCGACAGUUCAAAACCAGCAAUUCGGAUUAGCAAGCUACACGAAACAGAUAUUAACCAAUCCAAACACAAUCACAGCGGAAAACGUAGGAGCAACUACUAUGGCAACAAGUGAUUUUAUCAAAUCUUCCUUAUCAAAAAUUUGGUCUUUAGCAUCGGCAUCUCCCUCUUCUUCUUCUUCUUCUUCAUUAACAGAAUUGGAUUCGCCAGUUGGUAACGGCAUUUUGGGUCUCGGAUACCCUAAACUGACGGCAGCCUCCAGUAACGGUCAUGGCGCAUAUACCCCCUUUGUCUUUCAACUUGCUGCACAAAACUUAAUCAAAGAGCCUGUAUUUUCUAUCUAUCUAAACUCAGCUAAUGCCCAAGGUUGGGCAGGUGAACUUAUUCUAGGAGGUGUCGAUUCAACAAAAUAUUCAGGCAAUAUCACUUAUUUACCCGUAGUAUCUUUGUCCUCUACACGUGCUUCAAAGAGUAAGACGAAAAAGAAAAGAAGUCUGCCCGAUAACAACAAUUAUUAUUAUUGGAUGGUAGGCGCUAAAGGUAUCAGCGUGUCUACCACAGAUUCGGCAACGUCCUCAACUAACAAAAGAUCAGUAGAUGCAAACGCACAGACCAAUCGUUCAAAUUCUAGCACUACAACAACAACAAUAACAAAUGCCGUAGCCGACAACAGCAACUUCACGUCCAGAACUCUGUUCGAUGUUGAUCUUUCAUCUUCAACCGGCGCUUUUAUCUUGGACACAGGCACCACUUUAACAUAUCUUCCAUCCUCAAUUGCCAAGCAAAUUGUCGAGACUUUUGCUGGUAGCGAAGGUUACACUACAGAUACAGGCUCAGGUGCUUACAUCAUUGAUUGUAAUACUGCCAAGAGCAAUACUCAAUUGAUUUUCAAAAUGUCUUCCGGUGACAGUGCAAAUCCUGUAACAUUAUCAAUACCUGCCUCUCAAUUGGUUAUCGCUUUAGACAGCAGUUCUCCUGACGAUGCAAGUUAUUGUAUUUUUGGCAUUGCUCCUACUACAACAAAUGCGGUGAGUAGCAAUCUUUACCUGGUCGGAGAUUCCAUCUUAAGAAGUAUCUACAUGGUCUUUGAUAUGGGAAACAACCGUGUUGGUAUCGCUUCAGCAGCUGGUGUCGGUGGUGCUGUCCAAGGCGUGUCCUCAGUUGGCCAUACAAGCCAAGGCUUCUUACGAAUGAAUAAUCCAAUACUCUCAGUGGUCUCUUCUCUGAGCUUGUUUGUUACUGCUUAUCUCUGCCUAUAGAGCGGAAAACAAAAAAGUACACAUAUUGUUGUUAAUAUUCACUACUUCAUACGAUGUCUCUUUUAUUUGCUUUUUGUUCAAGAAUACCAUUUUACUUUGUAAAUUAUAGUUUUAAAAAAUCACUGUAUGAUAAUUGAUGUAAUGAUACCUGUCUCAAUAAAGGCAACUACUGCUCUGAAGACAAUUGGAUUUCUUUUCAAGCUCCAAUUUAGGCUUAUGCAGAAUGUAGAAUUGUUGGUCGGAGCCGUUGUAAUUGUUUGCUAUAAAGUGAUACAGUCUUUACGGUUCAGUUUCGAAUAGCGUUAAAUUAAUCUUCAGAUUAAAGAACAAAAAAAAAUUGGGAUUCUGAGUACAA